UAUCAACAACUGUCAAAAUCACAGGUGUUUUAUUGUGGGAAGAUGGAGGUUUGUUUGUACCUCUAGUACAUCUUCGUAAUAAUUUGUUUAUUAAUAUCGUGAAAUUAAUUGAAAAUGUCCCGUAAUUACACCAGAGACCACCUCAAAAUCUCCGUUGUGAAGAUCCUCCAAACACUGGGAUGGAACUCUAUAAACACAACACCUCUGGAAAUAUUAACAGAUAUUUUAGGAAAUUACAUAGGCCAAAUCACCAGAUCGACGAAUAGUUAUGCCAAUGAAUUUGGUUGUACGUUGCCAAAUUUGGAUCAUUUAGGGUUAACAUUUCGAGAAAUGGGAGUAAGUGUGUCUGAAUUGGAAGAGUAUGUGAGAUACGUAAAUUUUGGCCCCCCGCCAAGCGCUGUACCGAAGUACCCAAUACCUAAAGAAGAUCACUUAAAUUUUCUAAAACCCGGAAGUAAGGAAGUUGUUACAAGACCUGUGCACAUUCAUGAACACUUACCGCCAAUGAACCCCUUAUUAGAAGGAAAUAAAAAUGAAGUUGAAGCCGUCAACUGCAAAGUGGAAGAACCUGAAGAAUCUAACAGUGAAAAUGCACAAGUAUUUAAAAAACCGGCUGAUAUUUCACCAUCAGAGUUUAAAAGACCAAGUUUUCGCAGGGAAGAAGAAGGUAGCCGACCGACACGAGAAAUCAGUAGCGUAAUGAUGACGACGUCUGGAUUUUUAUCACCAGCUCGAGAAGGCAAGCUACCUGAAUCCAGGACCCCGAUUGCUUCCGUGGAUCCCGUACCACCCGUAAACCCACCAUCCGAGAACAUGGACGUUAAAAAAGCAACCAAAGUGUUUAAAAAGAAGCAACUCAAACCUGACGAUGUGAUAAAUCCAGCGUUUUUGGCCAAGAAUAGAAUGAAUAAUGUCGUAAAACCAAAACAACAGAAACUGCCAAACAAAGUUCUCAACUCGGUACCGCCUAAUAAUGACGUGAACGUGAUGAUGCAGCAGAAUAAAGCAAACCAAAUGGCUAAAUUGAACAAAGCCCUCGCUGCUGCCAGACAGAAAACCGAAAAGUUGAACACGACUAUAACUCCGAUUCCUAUGAGGCCGCAAAGCCCGCAAGUUUUUCCCAACGAAUUCGAUAACGUUGACAAAUUAUUUACAGAACCGGACAAGAAGAAAGUCAAUAUUUUUAAGAAGAUUUCGAAUGUUAAAAACGAGAAAAACGACGUAAAGAUUAACAAAAAAGAUGAUAUUAAGCAGGAAUCCAGAGAAAGCUCGCCGGAUUUAAUCAUUGAUGAACCCGACGAUGUGUUACCGAAAUUAACACAUUUAUCGAGUGACGUCACUAUUGAACCUAUUAAUUCCGUACCUAGUAAUAAAAGCCCCGAAAAAAUGGAUACGCAUUAUUUUGAUGAUGAUUCGCAACCGGGAACUCCUUCCACACCGAAAACCCCGGAAAUGAUCUCGCAUAGUCCACCCGUAAUUAAAGAAAAACGGAAAAGGAAAGAUAACAAGAAAAUUAAAAGAAUUCAGAAAACACAAAGCCCGCACCGAUUGGACAAUGACGCAAUGGAUAUCGAAAUGGAACGACCAAAAACUCCAGAAGUUUUACCCAAAAUGGAACUGCCUCCAAUUGUGCCAGUUCCAAUCCCCAAUCAUGCGCCUAUCGCGCCUUUACCAUUUCCAUUUAAUUUUGGAGGUCCGGGUUUAAUACCGACACCGUUAGCAAACCCAUUAUUGCCUCCGCUGUCUUUUUCACCAAUCAAUUUGUAUAAUUUCGGUCAAAAACCGCCGUUGUCGACGUUUCAUCAAAAAUUAUCGGAACCAUCGCCUCCACCUGCGCCUCAAAGUGAAGUACACGUUAUUGAAGAUUCUCCACCGCCAACUAAACCAAGUCCGGAAAAACCGCCGCCGCCGAGUGACGUUGAUUUGGACGAUUCGCCAAAUUCUAAAUUAGAGAAGAAGACUAAAGAACAUAAGAAAGAGAAAAAAGAUAAAAAGCGAAACAAAAAAGAUAAAAUAAACAAGGCUGAAAAGAAAAAAUUGAAAGAGGAGAAAAAGGAAAAGAACAAGAAAGAAAAGAAGGGGAAACGUAAUAAGGACAAAGAGAUAAAAGAUGCGGAUUCUCCAGGGGUCAAGUUAACGCUGAAGUUCAAAUCGCCUUCUCCUAAACCUACUGACUCCGAAACUAGGAAUUUCAGAAAUAUUAAACCCAUUGUUAAAACUGAAGAAGAAGAAAAUGUAGCAAAUAAUGAAGAAAGGGUAAAGCGCGAAACGUCGCCAGGUUUAGCUAAAAUUUCAGCUUUGGUGUGUGGACCACCUAAACCUAAACCUGUAAAUCCUCCAAAAGCUGUACAAUCAGCUUUCAAUGACAGUUUUCCUAGUUCCUCUUCUGAUAAUUUCAAUCAAACGAAGAAAACCAUGCUAAAACCUAUUCCUACUAAAAUACGAACAAAAGAAAUUAGGAGAGAACUUGCUGAAGUUCCAAUAUUACCACCAGCUCCUCCUUCCAGAUAUAUUGACGCUGACGGAAAUGAAGUUUGGAUAUGUCCGGGUUGCGGAAGGCAGGAUGAUGGUAGUCCUAUGAUAGGUUGUGAUGGGUGCGAUGCUUGGUACCACUGGGUUUGUGUUGGUAUUCAGGUUCCUCCAGAUGACAGUGAAGAUUGGUACUGUAGACAUUGCUUAUUAAAGAAAAACGAAGAUCUACAAAGUGAUAAACAGAAAAAGAAACGUAAAAAGAAGGAGAAAAAAGAACAUUAGGUGUAUGAUUGCUCGAAUUUUUUAACGUUAUUUUAUAUGAAAAUAAUUUAUUUAUUAAGUACAAAUGUAGUGUAAUUUGUGGAUAUGCAAGAUUAUACAAUAUACUAAGACUUGGAUUUUA